CCACACUCGCAAAAAUAGCGCUGGCCCCAAGGAGCAGAUGGCGACAGAUGAACAGCAGAAGGUUGAAGAUAUGUUUGGAUCCGACUCGGAAUCGGACGAAGAGACGUUCAAAGGCUCUUCCGUUAAGCCUGGUCCCGUAAACGAAUCAAACUCGGGGCUGUUUGGGUCGGACUCGGAAUCCGAUGCAGAGGAGCAACCCAAGAAGCUCAAAAAGACAACAACCGCAGCACCCAAGAAGAGCGAGGCAUCCAAACCUCCCAAGCCUGCCCAGCGCAAGCCGCAACGAGCUGUGGACGACGACGACGACGAUGCUAGUCAUAAACCUCCUCCUCGUGGCGAGGGUGAUGAGUACGAUUCCGGCGACGAAGUGGUGCGUUCGAAGGAUGACGAAGCGUUCAUCGACGAAGAGGACGACCUGGAUGGUGUCUUAGGCGAGUACAACCAGGACAACCAGCACUUCCAUGACGAACGGCCGGACGAAGAGGACGAAGAAGGCGGACGCUAUAGCCGCGGCGGCGGACACGAGGAAGAUUACUUUGAGGACACGCUCAAGUCCAUGAAGCCCGGGCGCGGCCGCGGCAAGAUGAAGUUGUCGCAGCAAGAAAUCGAGUCGCUCGUUCAGGAAGUGCUGUACAAGAUGGACAAGGCGUACAACGACGACCAAGUGUCGAUGGAGCGCAAGGUGCCUGCAUUUGAAAAGUUGAAACUCGUUGACAAGCUGUCGACGUUGUUGCGAAAAGUUCAGCUGCAGCUGCCCAUGUUGGACUUCAACUUGCUCGAGAUUAUCAAAAAGUGGAUCCAUCCCAAGGAGUCGGGCGAGCUGCCCAACCUUGGCCUACGCACCAAAGUCUUGGAUAUAGUCCAGCGGUUGCCGAUCGACAAGGAGCACUUGAAGCGCAGUGGGUUUGGCAAAGUGAUUAUGAUCUUAUGGAAGCACCCGGACGAGAGUGCCGAUAACAAGGAAGUGUGUCGCCAGCUCAUUGAUCGAUGGAGCCGCAACGUGUUCUCGAAGACGUUGGACUUUUCCAAACUCGGCGAACUCGAAGCCGAGAAGCGCGAAGCCAACGGCAACGCCAUGCGAUCGGACCGACGGUAUGACCAUGUAAAGAAACAGAGACUUUGACUCGACGGAGGGGUGUCAUAGGCAGCCGGCGCGGGGCGUCGAAUCGGUGCGCAACCGAGGCUUCCUCAACAAGAGCGCAACCAACGCCGACGCGACCAACGGAUCGGACCGCGUGCGCCUCCCAGAGCAGAUCCGCAUCGAUUUUACCAUGCGCCCGCAGCCAAAGGUAGACGCGAGCCAGAUGCCGUCGACAAAGAUGGACCCCGAGUCCAAGAAGGCCCGCCUUCUCAAGCGUAUGCAAGUGAUUGCGCGACCCACGAAACGUGCCAAGCGAGCCGUCAAGAUGAGUAUUGAAGGGCGAGGGCUGCAGUCGUAAACUACUGGUAGCUAGGUAGCUAGCUAGCUACAUACAGUAGUCGACAGCUGGAUAUUUCCGAGUGUGAAUAAAAGGGAGUAUUCGGCCUGCCUAACA